AUGAUUGAAGGUUUACACCCAAUUCUUCAAGCAUUACUUGGUACAUUUGUUACAUGGGGAUUUACUGCUCUUGGUUCCGCUCUAGUCAUUCUCUUGGACGUGGAAAAUAAACAAACAAGUCAAAAGAUUCUUGAUGGAAUGUUAGGAUUUGCAGGUGGUGUCAUGCUGGCGGCCUCUUAUUGGUCAUUACUAGCACCCGCUCUUGAAAUUGCACAUGACUCAGAGCUCUAUGGACCAAAUGGUCGUUGGUCUUUUCUUCCAGCAGCUGUGGGGUUUACGCUAGGAGCAUUGACACUCUUUGGAACGGAAAAACUAUUGCCAUAUAUUGAAAAACAUGUGGUAAUUUCAUCUGAGCAAGAGCUCAAGAAGAAGAAAAAAGAUGAUGACUACUGCAAGAAUGACGAGAGCUAUGAGAAACCAACAUUGGGCAGUACAAGCAGCUAUCGGCGAGUUUUAUUGCUUGUUAUUGCAAUCACACUGCAUAAUUUACCCGAGGGAAUGGCAGUUGGCGUCGGAUUUGGCAGCGUCGGUCAUAGUUCGAAUGCCAGUUUCAAUAAUGCCGUGACUCUAGCCAUUGGCAUUGGACUGCAGAAUUUCCCAGAAGGAUUGGCCGUGUCAAUGCCAUUGAGAAGAGAAGGAGCAUCGGCGUUCAAAGCAUUCAUGUGGGGACAAGCGAGUGGAUUGGUGGAACCGAUUGGGGGAUUGAUUGGAGCAAGUGCGGUCUUGUACGUGCAGCCGAUUCUGCCGUAUGCACUGUCGUUUGCUGCAGGAGCCAUGAUAUUUGUCGUGGUAGACGAUCUUGUGCCUGAAACAACGCAGAGUGGCAACCAGAAGCUGGCAACUUUCGGUACCAUAGUGGGCUUUGUUGUUAUGAUGGUAAUGGAUGUUGCACUUGGAUAG